AUGAAGAUGAUAGAACUUCAAACAUCAGCCUCUACGGCUUCAAUUCCUCGCAGGACGAGGAAUGAAAAAGUAGACAGAAAUGGCAUUACUUGUUACGAUGAAGAAAUCACUAGGAUCGUUGACUACACAUACGGCUAUGAGAUUACAUCUCCUUUAGCAUGGACUCGCGCAACUUCAGCUUUACUUGAUGCUAUUGGAGCUGGUCUCGAAAGCAUUGCCACAAGCACCGAACUCUCUCAAUUGGUUGGGCCUACCUUCCCUUCUCCAGACACCAUUCCCAAUGGAUUUAAACUACCCGGAACAAAUUAUCAACUUGAUAUAGCGAAGGGUGCUUUUGAUAUGGGAGCCAUGAUUCGAUACCUCAACCAUAAUGAUGCAUUCUUAGGCGCUGAGUGGACGCAUCCCUCUGACAAUCUCGGAGCUAUUUUAUCAACAGCCGACGUUCUCUCACGCGUAGCCACUUCCAAAGACGAUCAAGAUUCCAUCCUCACCAUGCGUCAUGUACUUAUCGCUCUAAUCAAGGCCUACGAAAUUCAGGGCUGUUUUCAAGGCAAGAAUGCUUUCAACAGAGCUGGUCUAGAUGACGUCAUCCUUGUCAAAGUAGCUUCCACAGCUGUCGUGUCCUGGCUCAUGGAUCUCCCAAAAGAGCAAGCCAAAGCCGCUGUCUCUCAUGCGUGGAUUGAUGGUAACCCUCUCCGUGCAUAUCGUCAAGCACCCAAUAUUGGCCCAAGAAAGAACUGGGCGGCAGGUGAUGCUUGCAUGCGAGCUGUACAAAUGGCACUCAUGGCGAAGACCGGACAAGCAGGUGUGAAAACUGCUUUGAGUGCUCCACGGUCUGGAUUUUACGAUGUUCUCUUCAGAGGCAAUACGUUUGAGCUUCCCCGACCAUUUGGUACCUCCGUUGUUGAAAACGUAUUUUUCAAAAUCUAUACAACUGAAAGCCACGGCAUGACUGCACUCGAGGCCGCCCUUUUAAUCUGCGAAGAAUUGAAAGAAAAAGAAGUAUCCACGAGCGAUAUCAAAAGUAUUCAAGUUCGGACCCAAGAAGCAGCGAUGGUUAUUAUGAAUAAACAAGGAGCGCUUCAAACACCUUCAGAUCGUGAUCACAGUCUUGGAUAUAUGAUUGCCAUUACUCUUCUCAAAAAUUCUCUGCCCGAGACUGAAGAUUACCAAAACACCAGUACCUGGUCAAAAGAUCCUCGAGUGGAAGAAUUGAGAGACAAAAUCGCCAUCAAGGAAGAUCCAGAAUUUACAAAAGAUUACCACAAUCAAGAUCUUCGCAGUCUAGCCAACGCAAUAAAGGUUACUCUAAACGACGAUACCGAAUUGGAGGAGAUAGUCAUCCACUUCCCUCAAGGCCAUGCGAGAAGGAAAGAAAGUUUAGAGUUAAUAGAAAAGAAAGCAAGGAAGAACUUCGCAUUGAAACUGAGCGAGGAGAGAAUCGAUACGAUUAUAGAAAAAACCAAAAGCAUGGAGUUUUUUGGUAUGUCGGUUUGCGAGUUCAUGGAUCUGUUUGUACCAAACAAGGAAUGAGAAAUUUGCGGUGGGGAUUUGCUGAAUGGUUAUGUUUGGUUCAUGGAUCGGUUUCUUGGGAUGGCGAGAUGGCAAUUAUAUUUGGUUUCUGGGUUUGUGUAGAUAGUAUAUGCAGGUCGUGCUGGCUAUCCAAAUAGAAUAAUAACAUGUUUUUCCCUCAUGGUUGUUUGAGAGCAAGGUGUGCGGUCAAUCUUGUGGGGAGUGGACUUAGUAAGAUUUG